AUGGGGGACAAGAGCACAUCACCAGCACCAUCAACAGCCCAGCCACCUGGCAACCAAACAAUCACGCCGACAGAUGACCAACAAGACUUCGGACAUCACAAGGACAGGUCACCAAUGAAACAGGACAAUGUCACCAGGGAACGACGAUGCAAUGACAACACGGAAACAGGCCAACCGCACCAGAACACCCUAGACAAACGACUUGACAACGUGGUAACGACCCAGGACAAAAACGACGCAACUAUGACCCAGGACAAAAAGGAUGCGACUAUGACCCAGGAUGACAACAACGUGACUACGAACCAGGACGACGACCACAUGGCGAUACGACCAUCAAGAAGGAUGGUAGGGUUUACACGCAGCAGCAUGCGAAGGGGUGAAGGCGUAUCCAGCGCGACAGGCUAG